AUGGUUACUUCCAUGUUUUUGCUUGACCCUUUUGUUUCUUUGAUGUACUAAGCUGCAUGCUGUAAAGAAACUGUAUAAAGAAAUAAAAACAUGUGAAAUGGCCACCAGCGAGAAGCUCCUGCAUCGAGAUAGUGGGUCCUCUGUGCCUCGUCUGCCUCCAUUAUCCGUCCCUCCUGGAUCCAAACACAAGAGAACUGACCUGCUCAAGUAUGAGGGGACCACGCUAUACAAGUACAGACGAUCCCAACAAACACAGAAAAGUGUACUGGGACUUAUUGAGGACCGUGCAGUGGAUAGUCUCCUGUCCACUGCCCAGGCCAACAGACGCCAUCCUCCAGUUAGGAAUGAACCUCCUGUACCUCAACAGAUGAUGAGUGAGGAGAGAGCUAUCAAACUCAACUAUGAGUACCUGCGUAAGUGUGUGGCUUCUGGACCCGUGACCCCUAUGCCAGCUGAGGUGUGGGUCAAUAUCCUGGGGAAGCUCUCCUCGUCGUUAGUUACCUCCACCCUCACAGCUCCACUUUUACCACAGCUACACAGAGAGGUCAAAAAUGAGUAUGAAGAGACCAUACGUAAAACGACCAUACGCAUGACCCUGCUCAAGCCUUCAUUGCGAGGCAUGGACCCUGAGGCAGGCCUAUGUAGGGAGCCAGAGGGCCUGGACUAUUCUACCCCCUGGCGUGAGAGGUAUGAUGCCAAUAGAGCAGCUCUCUCUGCUUCAUUGCACACAACACAUCCGGUCAUGUCUGCUAUACUGGGACUCUGGGACAAGCAUCGCUCCUCACUGCUGCUAGACCUGGCACACGUUAGGUCUGGAGGUUCAGUGGAUGUGGACCAUUUCCGUACACUCUUAGUUGAGAAUAGCUGUGAGAAGAAUGAAGAUCGGCUGAUGACUGGUUGGUUCCCUCAAGUCACGGCCAUGUUCACUGGAGAUAAGGCUCUUGUUAGUGGACCAUCAAGGUCACGCUUGUAUGAGUGUGUCUCAACACUGAUAGCCAACCAGCUGCGAGACCUACUGACGAGGUCCAUCCUCCAUUACCUGUCUCUGUACAACCAGGAGACCAUCGGAUGUGUGCCUUGCUUUAAACUGCACCUUUGUCUGGAGAACAGUUGUAUGGAGUUCUUCCCAUCACUGGCUGAGUUAGAGUCUGCAGUGCUCUGUCCAGUGGAGACAUUAGCAGGAGCACUCAGUAAUGUGCCCAACAUCAAGUCCUGGUUGUCUGGAGCUAACCCUUGUGCUUGUAUACGAGUGGAUGUUGAGCAAGGAGUGUUGAACUCUGUCAGGGGUCAACUCAAACAAGACCUUGUUAGAAACCUCCAGGGACCACUAGACCAUCUCCAUACAUUCAGGAAGUAUGACUUCCUAAUCAGCAGCGACACUGAGACAAUGGUAACUGACUUCCUCUCCACUGACCACCCCCUGUCAGAGUACCAGGAUCUCAUUACUAGCUUCAGAGAAACAACUGCUGUGAUAUCUGGCUGCAGUGACACUGUGUGGUUUGACAUGUUCCAGCUGGACUGUACUGACAUCAAGCACGGUCUCUGUACUGUUGCUAACAAGUUUGCCAACACUCUCAUACAAGCAUUGGCUCAGAAACACCUCGAUGAUAACACCAGGAUUUGUUCAGACUAUGAGAGCUUUCGCUCCAAGGCUCUGACAGUCCCUGAUGAUUCACGUGACAUGAUAGACCUGAUAGCCUACAUGGAGGCAGCUAGAGACGGUAUGAUGGUAGAGCUGCAACAAGAUGUCAGUGAGUCCCUCAAGAGGCUAACCUAUCUAUUGGACGUACACACCUUCACGGCUGAGAACAUGGACCUGAAUAAGAGCACUCUACUCUGGCCCAAAGGUAUCAGCCCAGUCUUCCAAGAAAAUGAACAGAUAGUUCAGAGUUCAAAGGUUAAGGGUGAAAAGGAGCUAACGGAGAAACAGGAAAAGGUUUUGAUUGAGAUAGAGAAGUGCCACCGUCGUGUGGAAGAGUUUUCAGAGUACUCUGACCUCUCACUCAUGACCCAGUAUUGCAAGGAGAUAGCUGGAGUACAGAAACGGCUUGGGGAGUUAUCUGACCAGACACUGCAGAUCAACAAGGAAGAAGAGCUCUUCAAAUGGACCCCCACCACCUACCCACAGAUUGAUGGCAUCCUCUCUCAACUGGACCCCUACCUUCGUUUGUUCACCACCGUAUUCAAGUGGCAGAAGGCAGAGAAGAAGUUCAUGGAUGGAUCAUUCCUCGAGCUCAAUGCUGAAGACACUCAAGCUGAAGUGGAGGAGUUUGGACGUGAGAUGUACAAGCUGUACAAGACGUUCAAUGCCAAGGCUAAGCAACUCACCAAGGAGAGGGAGAGAGCAGCCGGCGAUAACCUCGGAGGUGGGGUCAAAGGUCAUGUUGAGGAGCCACAGCAGGACGAGUUUGCUCCUGUUAAAAUAUCUCAAUCCAUCCAAGACCAGAUCAAGCAAUUCAAGGAGAACCUGCCUAUUGUCCAUCUCCUAUGCAACCCUGGACUCAGGGGUCGUCACUGGGAGCAGAUGAAUGAGAUAGCAGGAUUCAACAUCACUCCAGACUCUGGCACCUCCCUCAGGAAAAUGCUCAAGCACAAUUUGGAAUCACAUUUCGAUGAGUUUGAAGGGAUCAGUGGCUCUGCUAGUAAAGAGUUCUCUCUGGAGAAGGCCAUGCAGAGGAUGGAGGAUGAUUGGGACCCCAUCACAUUCAACACUACACUGUACAGGGACACUGGCGUGUCUAUACUGACCUCUGUGGAUGAUAUUCAGACUAACCUGGAUGACCAGAUUGUUAAGACACAGACGAUGAGGGGCUCUCCCUUCAUUAAACCAUUUGAGGAUCGUAUUAAAGCCUGGGAAGAGAGACUCCUCAAAAUGCAGGACACUAUCGAUGAGUGGUUAAAGGUUCAAGCCCAGUGGUUAUACCUAGAGCCUAUAUUCUCCUCUGAAGACAUCCUCCAGCAAAUGCCGGAAGAGGGCAGACUAUUUGGACAAGUUGACAAAACCUGGAAGGACAUUAUGAAACACACUGUCAAGAAUCCAAAGGUCCUGGCAGCCACUUCAUUACCUGGCAUGUUUGAGAAGCUGCAAGGAUCUAAUAGUCUCCUGGAUCAGAUCAUGAAGGGGCUCAAUGCUUAUUUGGAGAAGAAGAGACUGUUUUUCCCGCGAUUCUUUUUCUUGUCUAAUGAUGAAAUGCUAGAGAUACUGUCAGAGACUAAAGACCCAUCACGUGUUCAACCACAUCUCAAGAAAUGCUUUGAGGGAAUUGCAAAACUUGAGUUCACUGAAUCUCUGGACAUACUGGCAAUGUUCAGUAGUGAGGGGGAAAAGGUGACCUUUAGUGAGGCCAUAUCCACCAGUGCUGCCAGAGGGGCGGUGGAGAAAUGGCUGCUACAAGUACAGGAUGUCAUGACCCUGUCCAUCAGGGAUGUAGUUGAACAAGCCAGGGAUGCCUAUGCUGUGGACUCGCGCAUACAGUGGGUACGUGAGUGGCCCGGGCAGGUGGUCAUAUGCGUGAGUCAGAUCUACUGGACAGCAGAGGUUCAUGAAGCUAUUCGCAGUGGGUCACAGGGACUCAAGGAUUAUCAUGAGAAACUCAAGAGUCAGCUUGGUGAUAUUGUUGAGUUGGUGCGUGGCAAGUUACCCAAGCAGACUAGAGUGACUCUGGGAGCUCUGGUGGUCAUCGAUGUACAUGCUAAAGAUGUACUGGAAGAUCUCGUCAACAAGAGUGUCAGUUCUGAGAACGACUUCAACUGGCUCUGUCAGUUAAGGUAUUAUUGGGAGGAAGAUGAAACUAUUGCCAGGAUUAUCAACGCAACUGUCAAGUAUCAGAAUGAAUAUCUUGGAAAUACAGGACGGCUGGUCAUCACGCCCCUCACUGAUCGCUGCUACCGUACACUGAUGGGGGCCUUCCACCUCAACCUGGGAGGAGCUCCAGAAGGACCAGCUGGGACUGGUAAAACAGAGACUGUUAAAGAUUUGGCCAAAGCUCUUGCAGUUCAGUGUGUCGUGUUCAACUGUUCUGAUGGUCUCGAUUAUCUGGCCAUGGGCAAGUUCUUCAAGGGUCUGGCUAGUGCUGGAGCUUGGGCUUGUUUCGAUGAGUUUAAUAGGAUUGAGCUCGAGGUGUUAUCCGUGAUAGCACAGCAGAUAUUGUCCAUCCUGAGAGCAGUGAAAGCUCAUUUAAAGACAUUUGUAUUUGAGGGCACUACUCUGAACCUGCGUCCAUCGUGCUUUGUCUGCAUCACCAUGAACCCAGGUUAUGCUGGCCGCUCUGAACUACCCGACAACCUCAAGGUAUUGUUUCGUACAGUGGCCAUGAUGGUGCCGGACUAUGCCAUGAUUGGAGAGAUCUCUCUCUACUCCUAUGGUUUUGUGGAUGCUCGUAAUCUGGCCGUCAAGAUUGUCAUGACCUAUCGACUCUGUUCAGAGCAACUCUCCAGCCAAUUCCAUUAUGACUACGGCAUGCGUGCUGUCAAGUCAGUGUUGGUGGCAGCCGGUAACCUGAAACUGAAGUACCCUAAUGAACAUGAAGACGUGCUACUGCUCAGAUCCAUCAUGGACGUCAACCUACCCAAGUUUUUAUCACCUGAUGUCCCACUAUUCGAGGGCAUCAUAUCUGACCUCUUCCCCGGGGUCAAACUGCCUAAACCAGAGUACGAUGAGCUGCUUGAUGCAGCAUACACAGUGGUAGCACGCAAGAACCUCCAGGGUACAGAGUUCUUCAUGCAGAAGAUGAUCCAGACCUAUGAGAUGAUGAUUGUGCGUCACGGGUUCAUGCUGGUGGGUGGACCCUUUGCAGGCAAGACCAAGGUCCUGGAGGUACUGGCUGACACACUCACACUACUCAAUGAGAGGGGGCAGAUGGAAGAGAACAAGACAGGUUAUAGAGUCAUCAACCCCAAGGCUGUCACUAUGGGCCAACUGUUUGGUCAGUUUGACCCUGUGUCACAUGAGUGGACUGACGGUGUGGUAGCCAACACAUUCAGGGAGUUCGCAUCUGCACAAAACGAUGAUCGUAAGUGGGUGGUGUUUGAUGGUCCUAUAGACACUCUGUGGAUAGAGUCCAUGAACACUGUACUGGAUGACAACAAGAAGCUGUGUCUCAUGUCGGGGGAGAUCAUUCAAAUGAGCAACUGUAUGAACCUCAUCUUCGAGGCAGAUGAUCUGUCACAAGCCUCACCUGCCACAGUUAGUAGGUGUGGUAUGAUCUAUCUUGAGCCAUCUGCGUUUGGUUGGGACCCACUGUUCCAGUCCUGGCUAGCCUCACUGCCAGCCUGGCUAGGUCAGGGGGAGAUGGGAAAACUAGUGGUGGCUCUGUUUGAUUGGCUAGUACAACCAGCUCUCACACUUGUCAGGAAGAAGCUGAAGGAGCUAGUGGCCACCAGUGAGAGCAACCUCACACGCUCACUCAUGUACUUGUUUGAAAUGCUUGUUACUGAUGCUGUGCCGACAGAGAAGGCAGCAAAGGAAAACAAGGCGCUCAAAAUAUGGAUUGUGAGUGGAUUCCUAUUCUCUCUAGUCUGGUCGGUUGGCGCUACGUGUGAUAAAGACUCACAUGUUAAAUUUGAUGAUUUCCUUCGUGUACUGAUGACGGGGAAGUCUGAGGGUGCCCCUGAUAUUCCACCACUAAUUGGAAAAGUUGAUUGUCCCAUACCACCUGAGGGACAUGUAUACGAUUACCUGUUUGAGUUCAAAGGUCGCGGGAAAUGGACACCUUGGUUGGACCUUAUCAAAGACAAAACUGUUGACCCCAAUAUCAAGAGACUCAGUGACAUCAUAGUCCCCACCAUGGACACUGCCCGGUACACAUAUCUGAUGGAUGUCAUGAUUCGGCACGGGAGAUCUCUACUGUUUGUGGGUCCCACUGGCACUGGCAAGACAGUGUAUGUCAAGAACAAGCUACUCAAUGAUAUAGACAAGGACAGGUAUCAGCCGCUUGUUAUCAACUUCUCCGCUCAAACAAGAGCAGGGCAAACACAGGACCUGAUAAUGUCCAAGCUGGACAAGAGGCGCAAGGGUGUGUUUGGUCCUCCAUUGGGCAAGAGCUGUGUUAUAUUCGUGGAUGAUCUGAACAUGCCAGCCAGAGAAGUGUACGGAGCACAGCCACCCAUAGAGCUGCUCAGACAGUUGGUUGAUCAUGGCAUAUGGUAUGACAAGAAGGAUACCAGUAAGCUAACUCUAACAGAUAUCCAGUUGCUAGCGGCGAUGGGUCCACCUGGCGGUGGCAGAAACCCUAUAACAGCACGAUUCCUACGCCACUUCAAUGUCAUCUCAAUCAACGAGUUCAAUGAUGAGACAAUGACACGAAUAUUCUCAGCAAUAGUGCAGUUCUAUCUCAAGAGGGAAAGCUUUCAUCCCGAGUACUUCACGUGUGGUACUAUGAUAGUAGCAGCUACACUGGACGUGUAUAAGGCAACCAUGAGCUCACUGCUACCCACACCAGCUAAAUCUCAUUAUGUCUUCAACUUGCGAGACUUUGCCAGAGUGGUGCUCGGUUGUCUGCUAGUCAAGUCACCAUCCAUUGAGAGCAAGAAGCAGUUCAUUCGACUGUGGGUCCACGAGGUCUACCGUGUGUAUUAUGACAGACUGGUGGAUGGCAAUGAUCGACAGUGGCUGUUCGAUCUCAUGCAGAAAAUGGUCAAACAACAUUUCAAGGACGAUUUUCAGACAGUUUUUAAGCAUCUCUCAGUAGGGUCAAAGGUCACUGAUGAUAAUAUGAGGUCCCUCAUGUUUGGAGACUACAUGAAACCAGAUGCGGACCCUAAACUGUAUGAGGAGGUUGAAUCACUGGAUGAGCUCACGUCAGUUGUGGAGACAUCUCUAGAGGAGUACAACCAGACACACAAGAACGCUAUGAACCUCGUCAUAUUUCGUUAUGUUCUAGAGCACUUGUCGCGUAUCUGUCGCAUCAUCAAACAGCCUGGAGGUAACGGCUUACUAGUGGGAGUGGGGGGAAGUGGGCGCCAGUCCCUCACCAAGCUAGCCACGGCUAUGGCAGACUAUCAUUUCUUUCAGCCUGAGAUCACCAAGGCAUACAGUUCAGUCGAAUGGAAGGAUGACCUCAAGAAUGUUCUCAUGGCUGCUGGUAAGGAGGGCAAGACGACCGUGUUCCUGCUCACUGACUCACAAAUCAAAGAGGAGUCAUUUCUAGAAGAUGUGGAUGGACUACUCAAUGCAGGGGAAGUCCCUAAUCUGUUUGCUCUGGAUGAGAAGCAAGAGAUCAUUGAGACGAUGCGAUCAUUUGCUCUGGCUGAUAACAAAGAUGUUGAGCACACUCCGCUGUCACUCUUCAACUACUUUGUGAAUCGUUGUCGUGAGAACCUGCACAUCAUCCUGGCCUUCAGUCCCAUCGGGGACACCUUCCGGAACAGGAUGAGAAUGUUCCCUUCUCUCAUAAAUUGCUGUACUAUAGACUGGUUCCAGGCAUGGCCAGAUGAUGCUCUAGAAAUGGUGGCCAAUCGCUUCCUGGAAGAGGUUGAGCUGACUGAUGAAGAGCGCACGGCAACUGUCCCAAUAUGCAAGCACUUUCAUCAGAGCACUAGAGAACUGUCUGAACAAUUCUUUAAUGAGAGGGGCCGCCAUAACUACGUCACCCCGACCUCUUACCUCGAGCUCAUAUCAUCAUUCAAGACACUCCUAGGCAGCAAGAGGGGGGAGGUACUGAAGCUAAAGAAGAGAUAUGAAGUAGGGCUGGAGAAGCUCAAGUUUGCUGCAUCACAGGUAUCGUCUAUGCAAAAAGAGCUGGAAGAUCUUCAGCCCAAGCUAGUCACAGCUCAGGAGGAGAAUGCCAAGAUGAUGAUCGUUAUUGAGAAGGAAAACAUUGAGGUUGAGGCUCGUAGCAAGGUGGUGAGGAAAGAUGAGGAGGCUGCUAAUGCCAAAGCUGCAGAAUCUCAAGCUCUCAAAGAUGAGUGUGAGGGUGACUUGGCUGAGGCUAUACCAGCCCUAGAAGCUGCCCUGUCUGCACUCAACACACUCAAGCCAGCAGACAUCACUAUUGUCAAGGCUAUGAAGAACCCUCCCUCUGGUAUCAAGCUGGUCAUGUCUGCCGUGUGUGUCAUGAGGGACAUCAAGCCUGACAGGAUACCAGACCCAUCAGGCUCUGGCAAGAAAGUGGAGGAUUAUUGGGGACCUUCCAAGAGGCUGCUUGGUGAUAUGAAGUUCUUGGAUAACUUGAAAGAGUACGACAAAGAUAAUAUUGCCGUACACAUUAUGAAGAAGAUACGUACCGAGUUCACACCUAAUCCAGAGUUUGAUCCUGUCAAAGUGAGAACUGCCUCGUCAGCAGCCGAGGGUUUAUGUCGAUGGGUCCAAGCCAUGGAAAUCUAUGACAGAGUAGCAAAGGUGGUAGCCCCUAAGAAGGAGAGACUUGCUGAGGCCCAGACCUCUCUUAAAGAAACCAUGAUUAUUCUGAAUGCCAAGAGGGCUGAACUAAAGGAAGUGGAGGAUCGACUAGCUGCUCUCAAACAAGCUUUUGAAGAGAAGACAAAAGAAAAGGAAGAGCUGGAAACUCAGGUUGACGUAUGUGCUAAGAAACUGGACAGAGCUCAAAAGCUCAUCGGAGGUCUGGGAGGAGAGAAAGACAGAUGGGGUGAAGCUGCUCGUACUUUGCAAGCCACUUAUGACAACCUAACAGGAGAUGUCAUCAUAGCCUCUGGUGUCAUUGCAUAUCUGGGAGCCUUUACAUCUGCAUUCAGAGGUGACUGUGUCAAGGAUUGGAUCAGUGUGUGCAAGCGUCAUAGGAUGGCCUGUUCUGGUGACUUUGGUCUCAGUCGUACUCUGGGAGAGCCUAUCAAGAUAAGGGCUUGGAAUAUCGCUGGCUUGCCAACAGAUACCUUCUCUAUUGAUAAUGGUGUCAUUGUCGACAAUGCCAGGAGAUGGCCACUGAUGAUAGACCCACAGAGCCAGGCCAACAAGUGGGUCAAGAAUUCAGAGCGUGAUAACAACCUCCAGGUGGUCAAGCUCACACAGGCCGACUAUAUGAGGACACUUGAGAACUGUAUCCAGUUUGGAAAUCCAGUACUUAUAGAGAAUGUGGGUGAGGAGUUGGAUCCCAGUCUAGAGCCCCUGCUGCUCAAGCAGACCUUCAAGCAGGGAGGAGUCUGGUGCAUUAAACUAGGUGACAAUGUCAUUGAGUAUUCGAGUGAUUUCCGUCUAUAUAUAACCACAAAGCUACGUAACCCCCACUACCUCCCGGAGCUCUCCACUAAAGUCACCCUCCUUAACUUCAUGAUCACACCGGAAGGUUUGGAGGACCAACUACUCGGCAUUGUGGUGGCUAAAGAAAGGCCUGAGCUGGAGGAGGAACGAAAUGCUCUCAUUGUUCAAAGUGCAGCUAACAAGAAACAACUGAAGGAAAUUGAAGACAAAAUCCUCGAAACAUUAUCAUCAUCUGAGGGCAAUAUUCUAGAAGAUGAGUCAGCAAUUCAAAUCCUUGACUCCAGCAAAGUUCUAUCAAAUGAAAUCAGCAAGAAACAAAAAAUUGCCGAAGAAACGGAAAAGAAGAUAGAGCAGUCGCGUGCUGGCUACCGUACAGUGGCUGGUCAUGGCUCAGUGCUGUUCUUCUCCACUACUGACCUGCCCAACAUUGACCCCAUGUACCAAUACUCCCUGGCCUGGUUUGUCAACCUCUUCCUCAACUCUAUAUCUGACAGCACCAAGUCCAAGCAUCUGGACAGGAGAUUGCGUUAUCUCACUGAGCACUUCACCUACAACCUCUACUGUAAUGUGUGCCGAUCACUAUUUGAAAAAGACAAACUUCUAUUCUCGUUCAUACUUUGUUGCAAUCUACUCAAGGCCAAGAACGAGCUUGACUUUACUGAGUUCAUGUUUUUCUUGACCGGAGGAGUGGGCCUAGACAACAAAAUACCUAAUCCGGCCCCGGCUUGGCUAUCGGAUAAAGCGUGGGAUGAAAUCUGUCGUAUGUGCGACUUGCCUGCCUUCAAGAAGUUCAGAGCAAGUUUUGAAGCGAAUACAAACGACUGGAGGACAUAUUACGAUGAUAAAGAACCUGAUAAAGCGUCACUGCCAGCACCGUGGAGCGAUAAACUAACAGACUUUCAGAAAAUGAUAAUCCUACGAUGUUUACGUCCUGAUAAAGUGGUACCUCUUGUUACCAAUUUCGUAAAAAAUAAAUUGGGAGAAAAAUUUGUUGAUCCUCCACCAUUUGAUUUAGCCAAGAGCUACAGUGAUUCGAACGCCAUCAUCCCUCUAAUAUUCGUACUGUCUCCUGGAGCAGACCCAAUGGCUGGCUUGCUGAAGUUUGCAGAAGACAAAGGAUUUGCUGGGGAGAAGUUUAAUGCAAUAUCUCUAGGCCAGGGACAAGGGCCUGUGGCCACCAAGCUGAUCAAUGCGGCUAUACAGGAUGGGUCCUGGGUGGUGCUACAAAACUGUCAUCUUGCCGUCUCAUGGAUGCCUGCUAUGGAGAAAUUGUGUGAGGAGUUCAAUGCAGACAAGGUCAACCCUGACUUUAGGCUCUGGCUGACAUCGUACCCUUCAGAUAAGUUCCCAGUGUCUGUGCUACAGAAUGGAGUCAAGAUGACCAAUGAACCACCUACUGGACUCAGACAGAACCUCCUUCAGUCCUACCUAACUGACCCCAUCUCGGACCCUGACUUCUUUCAAGGCUGUCCUGGAAAGGAACUGGCCUGGGAGAAGCUGUUGUUUGGACUGUGUUUCUUCCACGCUUUAGUACAAGAGCGGAGAAAGUUUGGACCCCUUGGAUGGAAUAUUCCGUACGGGUUCAACGAGUCUGACCUUCGUAUCAGUGUGCGUCAGUUGCAGAUGUUUAUCAACGAAUAUUCCGAUAUUCCGUUUGAUGCUAUUUCCUACCUGACUGGACAAUGUAACUAUGGCGGCAGGGUGACUGAUGACUGGGACAGGCGUUGCUUGGUCAGCAUUUUAUCCAAUUCCUAUACCACGGACAUUGUUUCUGAUCCCAAAUACAAGUUCUCAUUGAGUGGCAACUACUACUCUCCCCCUAAGAGUGACUAUGAGACCUAUGUAGAGUUCAUACGUGAGCUCCCUAUGGCACAAGCACCGGAAGUGUUUGGGAUGGACGAUAAUGUCGAUAUCUCUAAAGAACUACAGGAAACAAAACUGUUGUUUGACUCCAUCCUGCUCACUCAGAGUCAGAAAGGUGGCGGAGGAUCAGCCAAAGCCACUGAAGACGCCCUCAAAGAAAUUGCCUCAGAUAUACUUUCAAAGGUCCCCCCGAGCUUUGACCUUGAGGAAGCAAAGGUCAAGUACCCAGUACGCUACGAGGAGAGCAUGAACACUGUACUGGUUCAGGAGAUGGAACGAUUCAACCGCCUCACUGUGGCCAUACGUACUUCCCUCAUUAACCUGCAAAAGGCCAUCAAAGGACUGGUUGUCAUGAAUGCUGAGUUAGAGUCACUAGCCACUGCUCUACUUAUUGGCAAGGUCCCAGAGUUCUGGGCCAAACGUUCCUACCCUAGUCUCAAACCAUUGGGCUCUUAUAUUAGUGACUUCCUGCAACGUAUCAAGUUCCUACAGGAUUGGAUGGACAGCGGGAAACCUCCGUUAUUCUGGCUAUCUGGUUUCUACUUCACUCAGGCGUUUCUCACUGGGGCCAUGCAGAACUUUGCCCGCAAGUACACGAUUCCCAUAGACAAGUUAGCGUUUGAGUUUGAGGUAUUGAGUGUUGAUGAGUGUGACGAGCCCCCAGUGGACGGUGUGCAUGUCAACGGUCUCUAUCUGGAUGGGGCAAGAUGGGACAGAGAUAGAGGUGUGCUGUCAGAACAGAAGCCAAAGGUCCUGUAUGAUAUGAUGCCUGUCAUCUGGCUCAAACCAGCUAAGAAGGUUGAUAUCCAGGACAAGGGCGACUACGUGUGUCCCCUCUAUAAGACAUCAGCACGAUGUGGGACACUCUCCACCACCGGACACUCUACUAACUAUGUGCUGCCCAUACAUCUCCCCACGGACAAGCCUGUCAAAUACUGGGUCCUCAGAGGCACAGCUCUGCUCUGCCAACUUGACGAUUGAGAGAAACUUUUUAAAACUGUAUCUAUUAUUUGUGUUGUGUAUGAUAUACAUGAGAGAUUAUUAUGAAUAACGAUAA